AUGCUUUGGAUCGUCAGUUGUUUGGCAUUGGUGGCUUCCACUCUGGGCUGUGGAGUACCAGCAAUUAAGCCCCAAAUCAGCAUCGACAACCGAAUUGUGAACGGACAGAAUGCGGUCCGAGGCUCUUGGCCCUGGCAGGUUUCUUUACAGCAAUCUAAUGGUGGCCAUUUCUGUGGAGGGUCCCUACUCAACCAGUAUUGGGUUCUCACCGCUGCUCACUGCCGUGUUCAGGCCGGAUAUCACAACGUUAUUCUUGGAGAGUAUGACCUUGCCACCAAUUCUGAACAGAUUCAGGUCUUGAGGAUUGCCAAGGCCAUCAGCCAUCCAUACUACAACAGUCAGAACUUCAACAAUGACGUCACAUUGCUGAGACUGGCCACUCCAGCCCAGAUAACUCAAACCGUCUCACCAGUCUGUCUGAUGGGCUCCAGCGCCAACGUCGCCCCUGGAACUCUUUGCGUCACCACUGGCUGGGGCAGAACUGGAGUUACCCCUAAUCCUCGCUAUCUGCAGCAAGCCACUCUGCCCAUUAUGAGCUCAACUCAAUGUUCUCAGUUCUGGGGACAGGGAAGAAUCACAGACUCCAUGAUUUGUGCCGGGGCAUCUGGUGUAUCCUCUUGCCAGGGUGAUUCCGGCGGUCCUUUGGUAUGUCAGAGCGGAGGCGUUUGGUACCAGGCUGGUAUCGUGUCAUGGGGCAAAUCGGACUGCAACGUUCGCUCGCCAGCGGUCUACUCACGUGUCACUUACCUGCGUCAGUGGAUCGACCAGACCAUCAGACCUGUCAUGUCCAAGAGACCUUUUAUUAUUGUGAGUUUUAAUUUGGUCUUUGUGGAAAGUUUUAUCAGUUGUUGGGGAGAAUAUAAAACUGUAGAGAGAAACAGUCGGACCACAUUAUCGACUCUUGUCUACAACAUGUUUUGGAUCAUCAGCUGUUUGGCUUUGGUGGCCUCCACUCUGGGCUGUGGAGUGCCUGCAAUUAAGCCUGAAAUCAGUGGCUACAACCGAAUUGUAAAUGGAGAGAAUGCGGUCCCUGGCUCUUGGCCGUGGCAGGUUUCUCUACAGCAAUCUAAUGGCUUCCAUUUCUGUGGAGGAUCUCUGCUCAACGAGUACUGGGUUCUCACCGCUGGCCACUGCCGUGUUCAGCCCGGAUCUCACUACGCUAUUCUUGGAGAAUUUGACCUUGCCACCAAUUCUGAACCUGUUCAGGUCAUGAGUAUUGCCAAGGCCAUCACCCAUCCCUACUUCAACAGUCAGACCUUCAACUAUGAUGUCACAGUGCUGAGACUGGCCACUCCAGCCCAGAUGACUCAAACCAUCUCACCAGUCUGUCUGGUCGGCUCCAACGACAACAUCCCCCCAGGCACUAUUUGCGUCAACACUGGCUGGGGCAGAACAGGAGUUACCCCUAAUCCUCGCUAUCUGCAGCAAGUUACUCUGCCCAUUCUAAGCACACCUCAGUGCAUGCAAUACUGGGGACAGGACAGAAUCACAGAAACCAUGAUUUGUGCUGGGGCGUCCGGUGCUUCCUCCUGCCAGGGUGAUUCCGGCGGUCCUUUGGUAUGUCAGAGCGGAGGAGUUUGGUACCAGGCGGGAAUCGUGUCAUGGGGCAGCACGGACUGCAACGUUCGCGCGCCAGCGAUCUACUCACGUGUUACUUUCCUGCGCCAGUGGAUCGAACAGACCAUCGCCUCCAACUAGAGCUCCAGACCAAGGAUUUUCUCUCCAGAAGGACAACAGACAUCUGUCGUUGCUUAAAUUUAUUCCAGCUGUUCGGAGUGACUGUUGAUUUCUCUGGAAAAAAAAACAAUAAAACACUUAAAAACUA